AUGGCCAAAGACGCUACCGCGGCCGAUCCCCCGGCCUCACAUAUCGAGAAGCCGGUGUCCUCUGAGGAGGCAGUGGUCUCUACGCAGGAAGACCCCAAGGCUACCGGCGACCGUCGCAGCUCAGUCGCUCUCAAUGUGAUUGAGAAUCCGCUCACUCGCGUUUCUGCCGAGCAGGCGGUCGCUGACGCCAGGCGGUUCGCCGAGGAACAUGGCAUGGCCGAGCAUGCCGAUCUGUUCGGGCGUGGUGUGCUCGUCGCGCGUGACAUGGAUAACUUCCAAAACGUCCCCGGCCUCACCCCAGAGGAACUCGCAGCCUUGGAGUACGAGAGAGAUCACAAAUGGCACGGCCCGAGAAUGCUCUGGUACGCCAUCGGCUUGUGCGCCAUGGGCGCCGCCACCCAAGGCUGGGAUCAAACCGGUACCAACGGCGCCAACCUGACCUUUCCCAAGUCACUUGGCCUUGAUGUUGAGAACUCGGCCACGGAUCAGUGGAUCCAGGGCCUCAUCAACUCUAUCAUCUUUCUGACAGCUGGUCUCAUUGGUGCCUUUAUCGUUGAUCCUCUUAACCAUUACUUCGGCCGACGUGGAGAAAUUUUCCUUACCGCUGUCUGUCUCACUGUUACCCCGAUCGGAUCUGCUUGCGCGCAGUCUUGGCAAGGUCUAUUUGCUGCCCGUUUCAUCAUGGGUAUCGGUAUUGGUGCAAAGAACGCUACGGUUCCCAUCUAUUCCGCUGAGAUGGCUCCUGCCCGCAUCCGAGGUGCUCUCGUGAUGUUCUGGCAACUUUGGGUCGUUAUCGGCAUCUUUUUGGGUCUUCUUGCCAAUAUCGCCGUCCUGGGCGUCGACGACGAUCUCGAGUGGCGCCUGCAGCUCGGUUCUGCUUUUAUUCCCUCGUUAAUCCUCGCCGCUGGCAUCUACUUCUGUCCCGAGUCCCCGCGUUGGCUCAUGAAGCAUGGCAGGCAGGCCGAGGCAUUCAAAGCCAUGUGCCGCCUUCGUGCACACGACAUCAUCGGCGUCAGGGACUACUACUACUCUUGGGUCAUCUAUGAGGAGGAAGCCCGUCUGGCCGCCGGCUCCACCUACUUUUCUCGUCUCUGGGAUUGCUUUGCCGUUCCUAGGAUCAGACGCUCCAACUACGGUGCCUCGACAGUCAUGAUUGCCCAGCAAAUGUGUGGCAUUAAUAUCAUCUCUUUCUACAGCUCCAGCAUCUUCGAGAACGUCGGCUACUCUCCCCAAGACGCCCUUUACGCCUCUCUAGGCUAUGGUGCCGUUCAGGUCUUGGCUACCAUCCCCACACUAUUCCUAAUUGAUACGAAGGGGCGCCGCACCCUGUGCAUGAUCCCUGGUGUCCUUGGUCUUACCUUCCCUCGUAUGCAAACUGUCAUGACUCCCACGGGUGCUUUCGGGUUUUACGCUGGCCUGAAUCUUAUCGCCUGGUUCAUGAUCUUCUGCUUUGUUCGAGAAACCAAGCAGCUUACCCUAGAAGAAAUCGACCAGGUCUUCUCCGUCCCAACGAGCCAGUUCAUUAGCCACGAGUUCAAGGUUUCGGUUCCUUACUUCUUCAAGCGACACGUCCUCCGCAAGAAUAUUCCCAAGCCCCCUCCACUCAUGGAGAAGGCCGGCAUCAACGCCGGGCCUGGCUCAGCCUAA